AUGGACGACAAGAGAUUCGUGUACAACCUCAUGGUGUGCUCUAAGAACCACAACAACAUACCAAUCGAGGAGUUCGUGUUAGUCUCGCCGGCGCCAGUCGACACUGCAGCUAAACUGUCUAAUAUUUACAUUAUCCUAUCCACUAAGGAAAAGGAGCGUGCCAAAGACCUUAUAGCGGCAGGAAAACAGUGCGAAGCGAUGGCCACCGAGCUACUGGCACUCGCGGCCGGAGCCGAGUCUGCCGGACAUAUCCUCACCGCCACCGACAAUAGGAAUAUAGAAUUCCUCGACGUUUUAAUAGAAAACGAACAAAAGGAGGUUAUAGCCCACACAGUCGUCCAGAGAUAUCUGCAGGAACUCUGGAGAGGGAGCCUCAAAUGGACCGGCAUCAAAAUUAUGUUCCUUUUUUUCGCGUUCAUAGUAUGUCCACCCGUGUGGAUGGUAUUCUCUCUUCCAUUAGGCCAUAGAUACAAUAAGAUACCUAUAAUUAAGUUCAUGUCGUAUUUAACGUCACACAUUUACCUGAUGGUAUUGUUAGCCUUAGUAGCGAUUACGCCUAUUUAUAAUUCGAUAUUUAGGGACAGUUUAAUUCCAAGGUGGUAUGAAUGGAUGCUGCUCAUUUGUCUGAGCGGUCUCCUACUUUUUGAGCUCACCAACCCCAGUGACAAAUCUGGUUUAGGGUGGAUCAAAAUAGCAGUAUUAUUAUGCGGCAUGAUCGGCGUGGCUACACACGUCGUCGGCUGGAUAUUCGUAUUACCUAAGUAUUGGCCAACGCUUAUGUAUUGUAGGAAUCAAUGUUUUGCGUUAUCAUUUCUAUUAGCGUGCGUUCAAUAUUAGAUUUCUUAUCUUUCCACCACCUAUUCGGUCCGUGGGCUAUUAUUAUCGGAGAUCUGAUGAAAGAUCUCGGAAGGUUCCUCGCUGUAUUAGCGAUAUUUGUGUUCGGCUUCUCGAUGCACAUAGUGCAUUGAACCAGCCAUUCAGGAAUAUUAUAAAGGCUGAAGACAAUAAGUAUGCGAGACAACAAAGGAAGAAGCUGUUCUCCGACGUUACCAUGAACCCACUGUACUCGUUCGAGCUGCUGUUCUUCGCGGUGUUUGGCCAGACGACGACGGACCAGACUCGGGUGCAUCGUAACGAUAGUACCAUCCAGCCAGCCUGGACUAAUUACCUGUUUAAAAUAGUGUUCGGAAUCUACAUGUUGGUGUCUGUGGUUGUACUGAUCAAUCUGCUCAUUGCUAUGAUGUCAGACACGUACCAAAGGAUCCAGGCACAAUCAGACAUAGAAUGGAAGUACGGUCUAUCGAAGUUGAUUCGCAACAUGCAUCGUACGAACACUGCCCGUCUCCUCUAAAUCUGGUGACCACGUGGUUGAUGUGGCUCAUCCAUCGUUGCAAGGCCCGAAUAAGCAAAAAGAAGCGACCAAGCUUGGUGCAUAUGAUCGGUUUGCAGAGACAGGAUCAGAUGAGCGCGCGGUCCAAGGCAGGCGCCAAAUGGCUGUCCAAGGUGAAGAGAGGACAGGUUGUACCCAAAGAUUCAACGCGCCUCUCUGUGGUCCACCUCAGUCCUUUGGGCUCCCAGCUAAGCAUCAGCAACACCACAAAGAUCGAGAGCGUGGUUGACUGGGAGAUCAUCGCGAAGAAGUACCGCGCUCUUAUGAGGGACGAGCCGGAGGAACCAGCCAUCAAGAAAAUGAGGAGGAUUCAGCAGACAAUGUCUCCGAGAUCGUCCCCAACAAUAUAUCAGGCGCCCCGCCUUGA